GGACAUCGUUGUGCUUAUUUUUGUCUUUAGCAAAUGUAGAGAGAUACAGAACCCAAUAAACAGAAAAUGAAAAAACAAAUCACACCUGUAAAUUACAUGUUAUAACUGUUUAUAAUUAAAUAUAUAUUCUAGGAUGUACAGUCAAUAAAAUACAUUGGCUUAACUUUUUACUAGGGCACUAUCUAUGUGCAAAAUGUAUUACCAGUCCUGUGUAUUAACAGUGCAAUUAUCUGUUGUCUCUACUAGGCUCUAUUGUGAGUGUUAUUAUAUAAAUGGCCGAUUACUGCUUCAGCAGUGCGGUUUCGUGGACCGUGACCCCGUCUCCCUGCCUCCCAAGAUAACCCUCUGUCUGUCCCUUUGUGUCAAUACGCUGAUAGUAGGACGAGGCGCGGUGAAUGUGAUUGGUCGAACGCUGUUAUUUGCGGCUGGUAAGAUUAUCAGAGGCGCUGCUGUCUUCGGCUGAGAUGCUCUGUCACAUCAGCUGAGCGCCUGCCGCGUCAGCCUAAACAGAUAACGAAACUAAAUAGCGGAAUGUCCGGCGUUUAUUAGAUUGGUUGGUUUACAAGGGAAUUGCGCAUAAAUAAGGAUUUACAACAGAUGGCGUGUGAUGCGGUUUGACUCGCUCCAAACACAGGAUGCUUUAACAACAGGAAAAGAAACCAUGUCGAGCAGGAACACAAUGUCAUCUAAGGGACAGGAGUCGCCGGAAUCCUUCUACACCUAUGAUUUCUGUGACCCAACCCAUCCCACGGAGGUUCUAGAAGCCCUCAGAGAAUACUACACAGAAGGCUUGUUCACUGACAUAGCUCUACAGUGCUCUACAGGGGAGCUCUUCCACUGCCAUAAAGUGGCUCUAUGCUCCCGUAGUUCCUACUUCAGAGCCAUGUUCACAGCCGAUAUGAGAGAGAGGUCCCACAGUGUCAUCAGACUAGCUGGGGUAGAUGUGGAGGUGCUGACGACUCUGGUGAACUAUGUGUACACCUCCAAGGCCUCCAUUACCCAGUGGAAUGUAGAGUCUCUGCUGGAGGCUGCAGACCUGCUGCAGUUCGGAGCCGUGAAAACGGCCUGUGAGAAUUUCCUGGUUCGUCUCCUCGACGUCGACAACUGUCUGGGCAUGCUCCGUUUCGCCCAGCUCCAUGUGUGUCUGUCCCUGGAGAAGGAGGCACGCAGGGUGCUGCUCUGCUACUUCCACGAGGUGGUGAGAGAGGAGGAGUUCCAGGAGUUAGGGGUGGAGAAGGUGAGGAGCCUCCUGCAGGAGGAGAACCUGGCGGAGGUGUUGAAAGAGGCGGUGCUGGUGGAGGGGGUGGUGAGGUGGCUGACCCACGAUACUCUUGCCCGCAGGGGACACUUCCAGGAGCUUCUUCACUCCGCCCACUUAGACCUGAAGGAAGAGUACCUCAGGACUGCCUUGGAGCUUCAUAGAGAGUGUCUGGAGACUGACACUGAAGACAUCCACUCCCUAUUUGUCCAAGCUCUGAAGACUGCUUUUAAUAUCAAUAAAAGCCCUCCGGAACACUGCAGAAGGGGCAGGAGACUGACCUCCAGGAUGUUUGUGAUAGGAGGGUACCACUGGCACCCUCUGUCUGAGGUCCAGACCUGGGACCCGGUCACAGACCAGUGGCAGCAGGGGGAGGAUAUGCCAGACCACACCAGGGAGAGUUAUGGAGUUACCCUGCUGGGCUCCAACAUCUACAUUAGCGGCGGCUACAGGACAGACACUACAGAGGCUCUAGAUACAGUGUGGGUUUACAGCAGUGAUACUGAUAAAUGGACACAGGGGCAGCCCAUGCUGACAGCGAGGUACUACCACUGUUCUGUGGGUCUGCAUGGGUGUGUCUACGUCAUAGGAGGGUACAGAGGAGGGGCACCCAUGGGGGAAACGGAAUUCUAUGACCCCCUGAAAAGGAAGUGGAUUCCCGUAGCUAAUAUGGUACAAGGUGUGGGGAACGCUACGGCCUGUGUUCUGAGAGACACAAUAUAUGUGGCAGGCGGUCACUAUGGUUACAAGGGAAGCUGCACCUAUGAUAAGAUUCAGACCUACAGGGCAGACGUCAAUGAAUGGAGCAUAACAACGACCUGUCCUCAUCCAGAGUACGGCCUGUGCCUGGUGUCACUGCACCCCAAGCUGUACCUGGUGGGUGGCCAGACCACCAUCACAGACUGUUACGAACCGGACAGACAUGAGUGGAGCCAGCUGGCCAGGACCAAGGAGAGGAGGAUGGAGUGUGGUGCCGUGGCCAUGAACGGGUCCCUGUAUGUCACCGGGGGCUACUCCUACUCCAAGGGCACCUACCUGCAGAGUGUCGAGAGGUACGACCCCGAACAGGACACCUGGGAGAUCGUGGGGAAUUUACCUGGAGCGGCGCGGUCCCAUGGAUGUGUCUGUGUUUACAGCGUUUAGAGAGAGAGAGAGAGAGAGAGAGAGAGAGAGAGAGCGAGAGACAGAGAGAGAGCGAGAGAGCGAGAGACAGAGAGAGACAGAGAGAGAGAGAGAGAGAGAGAGAGAGAGAGAGAGAGAGAGAGAGAGAGAGAGCGUUCCAGGUUGUCAGUAAUGCAGUUGUGGAUGUGUGUGUGUGUUUAUAGUAUUAUAGUAACUAUAUAUUGUAUUACUGUUGUUUAACACUUAACCAGGCGUUGUGAGAUCGUGUGAACUGCAUUUGAGACGACCUGGAACGUGUCCUUUGUUACUGCUCCAUUCAGAGGACUUUUUCAGACAGCUGAUGGCGUCUGAUCUACCUCAUCCUGUUCUCCUGCUAUAGACACGUGAAUAUUUAUUGUGUCCGACUAAGAGAUUUUGGGGCGUGGAAUGUUCCCCUAUGCUGGAAGUGGGGGCCUGAGUGAAAAAGUUUAGGAACCCCUGAAUUAGUUAAAUAACGGUGUGUUGUUUACAAUGAUUUGAUUGUUUUAUACGUUGUAUUGUAAAACUUUUGAUUGUGAAAAUAAUUUAAUGGAUUUUUACUUGACUUAGCCAUUUUGAAUGGCAGCAGCUGACACACAUUGCAAAGCACCACUAGGGGAUUUAUAAAGCACCACUAGGGGAUUUAUAAAGCACCACUAGGGGAUUUAUAAAGCACCAUUACAUUUACAUUUACAUUUAAGUCAUUUAGCAGACGCUCUUAUCCAGAGCGACUUACAAAUUGAUUUCUUAAUAUUUAUUUUAUUUAUUUGAACAGGAAAAAAUAGGAGUUGAUACCAUACAAAUGAAUGUACAACUUUGCAUAGUUUUCUUUCUUUUAAAUAUAAUUUUAAAAGAAUCACCAGCAGUAGCCUUUCCUGCAGGAAAAGGACCAAAUCGCCCUCUAGUGGCCUCAUGGGUGGAAUGUUAUUAAGAUUUUUCAUAAUUUUAUAAAUAAUACACUUUUUAGUGGGGUGGGAGGCGCAGAAUAUCUGUUUUUUCUAUGUCAAACGGUUUUGUUAUAUUUCAGUUUUCUGUGAUGUAUAUGAAGUGUAAUAUUGGGAUGAAAACUCAAAAUGAAAUACAUUUCAACUCUAUAUCUGACAUCAAAUCAAAUCAAAUCAAAUCAAAUUUAUUUAUAUAGCCCUUCGUACAUCAGCUGAUAUCUCAAAGUGCUGUACAGAAACCCAGCCUAAAACCCCAAACAGCAAACAAUGCAGGUGUAAAAGCACAUGAUACAGGUGUCUUCUUUUUUAAAGCGCAUAACCAUGUGUGUACUUUUGAAGAACAAAAACUCAACUACUUUGAGAAGAACAACAUAUGCAGGUCAAGAAACACUCUGUGGAAGGUCAAAGGUUCAAACAAAUUUGUAAAAGAGAAUUAAAUUGAAUGAGUCAUCAUU